ACAUUUUUAUUUAUCAUUUUAUUGUAUUCUAGUUGAAAAGAACGCAUUAAAAUACAUAAAAGCAUGUUUUUGUAUGGUAAAACCAUGCAAUAAUGUUAAUGCAUCAUCACUCAAAGAAGCUAUGUUCCAGAAACAAAAUAAACAUUUGAAACACUACUCAACAUAGUUGAUAACCUAUGUUUUUAUGCAUUGCUGAUAGUCCUAAACCUAACAGCAGAGUCCUAGGGCUUCGGGGAAAAUGUCUGUAGCACCUGAACCAAGCAAAACCAAAUUUUUGCUUAAAUCUAAUUUUGUAGAAGACACUUCGGACUAUCUAUCUAUGAAAAAAGAAUCAAGAGAUUCCUAUGUGAUUUCUAGAGGUUCGAGGUGAUUUCCUGGAGAUCUUCCAGAAAACUGGUCUUUCAAAUAUUUUCGGAUAGCAGUUUUGCUUGAGAAACCGUAGCUUAAACUGUUCUCUUCGAUUGCUGAAAAUCGCAAGGCUCUGGCUUUUAUCGUUUUUGAGUUAUUCAAAAAUGGCAACUCGCCUUGUAUUUUUGCGUUGAUAGUAGUUUUAGGUAGAUCAGAGAAAACUGGCUAAGUCUGAUAUAGAAGCUUGAUUGAGCUGGGUGGGGGAGCUUGAAUACUGAAAAUAGCCGGUCUUUGAGAUUAGGUCGCAAGACUUGGCACAAUGCCUAACUGUGAGAUCGAAAUAUUACGAAAAAAAGAAACUAAAAUGUAAUUAUAUUCAAAUUACUCAUAAAAUACAAAAAACAUGAAAUUUUAAAUAAUUGAUUUUUGCUUGAUAUAGUGUUUGGAAGAAAGUGAACGAACUAAAUUAUAUGCUGAUUUAAUUAAAAAGAAUCCGGAAGAAAAAAAACGAAUAGCCUAUUCUUAUAUUGUUCAACGAUUUCGUACUUUCGUGAGUUGUUUUAUCCAAAGCCAUGAUCAAAAAAUUGAAUUAUCAAAUGCAUCAAAACUAUUUAAAGAAAUUAGUAAUAAAAAUGAAUUAAUUACUCAGCUUAUUGAUGAUGAACAACAUUUAAUUACACGGCAAGAUGAAUUAGAAAAAAAAUUUUUAAACUUACCAUCAUUAAAAGGUUUAUCAUUAUGUGAAACAAUUGAACAGUUACUCAUAGCUAAUGAAAAAGAAGCAGAACAAUUAAAAAAAGAUUUCGGUAUAUCUGAUAAACGUUAUUGGUGGAUAAAAAUUCAAAUGCUGGGAAAAAAGGGUGCAUGGUCGAUAUUGGCAGAUUUUGGUAAAAAGCCAACAUCUCCCAUUGGUUAUGAGCCAUUUAUUGAUAUUUGUUUAAAAUAUGAAAAACCAGAUGAAGCUAAACGAUAUGUUGAUAAAUCAUUGUAUAGUUCAAAAAUAGAUGAUGAUCGAUUGCCAUAUAUGUAUGCAAAAGUUCAAAUGUUUGAUGAGGCGAUUAAUUCUGCCGUGAAAUUGAAAUCAAAUGAGGCAUUAGUAUUUAUUGAACAAAAAUGUGGUCCGACAAACAUUAAUAUAUUACAAAAAGUCGAUGUGGCUAGAACAAAACUUGAACAAUAUGAUGAUAAUCCAUUUCAAGCAGUUCGAAACAUAUUUAAAUAG